AGCAGAGAGGAGAAGAGAGAGAAAAUGUCAGGACGAGGGAAGGGAGGCAAGGGCCUGGGAAAGGGCGGUGCGAAGCGCCACAGGAAAGUUCUUCGCGACAACAUCCAAGGCAUUACAAAGCCAGCAAUCCGGCGACUUGCUCGGCGUGGAGGAGUUAAGCGGAUCAGCGGCUUGAUAUACGAGGAGACCAGAGGCGUGCUCAAGAUAUUUCUUGAGAAUGUUAUCCGUGAUGCCGUUACCUAUACCGAGCACGCUCGCCGGAAGACGGUGACUGCUAUGGACGUUGUCUAUGCUCUGAAGCGCCAGGGCCGUACCCUUUAUGGCUUUGGUGGUUAGGUGGGUAGGGUUUUUCAGCGGCAGUGGACUUGUUGUUUAGGGUUCGGUGGUGAUUGUAACUUCCAAGCUUUUUUUGUAAUGUAAUUUCAUAUCAGUUUAUGUGACUUGCUGUUCAAUUUGAAUGAUAUAGUAUUUUGGUACCCUUUUGAGCGAGA